UUUUGUUGGUUUAAUUGUGCUUUGAUUUUGGGGUUUCGAUGAGAAACAGAAACACUGUCUAAUACUAAAAUAUAUAAUUUUUUUCUUUUUUUUUUAAAUAUUGUUCUUGAGAUUUCUAACUUUAAUCUGUGUGUACUAAUCAUCAAGUUGCUUCCUUUUUGACGGUCAUUAUCCCUUUGUGAAUGAAUGAUGGGCCUCUUCGUUUAGGUUUUCUUUAUUCCAAUAAUAAUAAAAAUCGUCUGUGCCUCUUCCUCCUCCUCCUCGCCUUCUUCUUUUCUAGGUCUCCUCGAUUUCUCCCUUCUUCUUCCUCCACGAGUUACAAAUUAGGGUUUACGCGUUCAAAGGAUUUCGAUUGGGUUGAUUUCAUAGAAGCUCGGUAAUGCUUUGAAUGAUGUUUCAUGCUCAAAGCCGUUGUAAUGUUUUGGCUGUCGUCUCCGGAGAGCAUUGCGACAACCAAAAGGGUGAAGCUCAUCAGCCCAGAUACCCUUUUCCGGAUCUCUCUUCUUCAGGGCGACUUAAGUUUCAGGUAUUGAAUAACCCUACUACAGAGGAGUUCCAGGUUGCAAUUAACUCUUCAGCACCGGAUAUUGUCUACUUGCAAGGGGAGCAGAGUGGAGAUACUGAUCAAGUUGGUCCAUUAGCGUUUAGAUAUGCUGAUUUUUCUACUCCUGAUGCCUUGUUUACUCUUUUUGGUUCCUCAAUACCAACCACGGUUUACCUUGAGCUCCCCAAUGGUGAAGAAUUAGCUCAAGCACUCUACUCUAAGGGAGCCCAAUAUGUGAUUUAUUGGAAAAAAGUCUUCUCCAAAUACGCAGCCUGUCAUUUCCGCCAUGCUCUGUUUUCAAUCAUACAAAGUUCCUGCAGCGAUACAUGGGAUGCGUUCCAGGUUGCAGAAGCAUCUUUCCGUCUCUAUUGUACGAGUAACAGUGACUUACUCUCUUCUGACAUGAACCGUAAAAUAAAUUAUGAGAUGGGACCCUGUCCCUGCCUGCUUGGAGACCCUCCAAAAAUUGAUGUGGUUACACCGGGCGCCGAUGAACUAGAAGAUGAAAAUUCAUUAGAAAGUCUCCCGUCAAUAAAUAUAUAUGAUGAAGAUGUAACCGUGAGAUUUCUUUUGUGUGGGCCACCAUGCACAGUGGAUACUUUCUUACUGGGAUCUUUGGUGGAUGGACUCAAUGCUCUCUUGAGAAUAGAAAUGCGAGGAAGUAAGCUUCAUAACCGUUCUAGUGCUCCAGCACCUCCUCUUCAAGCAGGGACAUUUACUCGUGGUGUAGUCACCAUGCGCUGUGAUAUCUCGACCUGUUCUUCAGCACACGUAUCAAUGCUGGUGUCUGGAAAUGCGCAGACCUGUUUCAGUGAUCAGCUUUUGGAAAAUCACAUAAAACAUGAGGUGGUCGAGAAGAUUCAAUUAGUCCACUCAGUGGUGAACUCAGAAGAAACAAAGCAGGUCUUCUCUGAGCCUCGGAAAUCUGCCUCAAUAGCUUGUGGGGCAAGUGUGUACGAAGUUUCGAUGCAAGUUCCAACAUGGGCUCUGCAGGUUUUAAGACAGCUGGCGCCUGAUGUGUCAUACCGCAGCUUGGUUGUCCUUGGAGUAGCCAGCAUUCAGGGGUUGUCUGUUGCUUCCUUUGAAAAAGAUGAUGCACAACGUCUACUUUUCUUCUGCGGAAAACAGAUCAGUGAUACAACAAAUCAUGAUGCUCUUCUAUCCCAAAUUCCUCACUGGUUAACGCCUCCUUUGCCAAGCAGAAAAAGAUCCGAGCCAUGCAGAGAAAAUAAGGAAAUGGAAAAUGGACGACCUACAUCGAAGAAAAUCAACGUGGCUGCUCUGAGACCAAUACCUCACACCCGUCGACAUAAGAUGAUACCUUUCUCUGGUUACUCUGAAAUUGGAAGGUUUGAUGGUGACCACACCAAAGGAAGCUUGCCCAUGCCUCCAAAGCAUGGUGCAUCAGGUGGUACUCCGGUAACUCACCGUAAAGCUUUUUCUGGUUCCUACCAGAGGAAGCAAAUCAUCUCACUGAACCCUCUGCCUCUCAAGAAGCACGACUGUGGAAGAGCGCAUAUUCAGAUUUGCUCAGAGGAGGAAUUUCUAAGGGAUGUGAUGCAGUUUCUGGUAAUACGAGGACAUAGCCGGCUUGUUCCUCCUGGGGGCCUGGCGGAGUUUCCAGAUGCUGUUCUCAACUCCAAACGGCUUGAUCUGUUCAAUCUGUACCGAGAGGUUGUAUCACGUGGAGGGUUCCACGUAGGGAAUGGGAUCAACUGGAAGGGACAAGUUUUCUCAAAGAUGCGGAACCACACACUCACAAACAGAAUGACUGGUGUUGGCAAUACGCUGAAAAGACACUAUGAGACGUAUCUACUGGAGUAUGAGUAUGCUCAUGAUGAUGUAGAUGGAGAGUGUUGUUUAAUAUGUCGAAGUAGCACUGCAGGUGACUGGGUGAACUGUGGAUCGUGUGGAGAGUGGGCUCACUUCGGAUGCGACAGAAGGCCAGGCCUCGGCGCCUUCAAGGAUUAUGCAAAAACGGAUGGGUUGGAAUAUGUAUGCCCAAACUGUAGUGUCUCUAAUUACAGGAAGAAGUCUCAGAAGUCCUCUAAUGGCUUGCUUGUCCCUUAGCUUCAGGUUUUUCUAUUUGUUUGUACUUUUAUUCGCUUUGGAGACCAAAAUGAUUGAUUCCUCCUAUGAUAUUUCACGAGUUAUGCAAUGAAGUCUUUCUUGUUUUU